AUGAAGAUCAGUCAAAAUGAGAUUGUGGAGGAGAAUGUCUCAAAUGAUACUCCGACUGAUUCAGACGACGAAAAUCACAACCGGAGAGUGGUGAAAGUGGUGUAUAAGGCGUUAUUACGCGACAGUGGCGAGACAGAGAAGCUAUCAAAAGUGGUAGGGAAAGAAUUGGAAUGGAGGUACCAUGGACCUCCUCAUUGCCAACACAUGAUGAAAAAGUUGACCGGCGAGUCAACACAGAGGAGCUUCAAGUUUAGGCCAAGGAGAAUGAGGAGUGUUAAGGGUGACCGUUUGAUUGUUGAAGGAUGGGAAGAUGUAGGGGAGUAUUGGGUGCAUGUGUGGAGGGUGAAGGAUGGGAUUAUUACUCAAUUGCGUGAAUAUUUCAACACUUUGUUAACUGUGGUUUCUGAGGAGAGUAAUGAGGUUAGGGUUUGGAGGAGCACUCCUUGGGCUAGAGUUCAAGGGUCUUUGCCAGAUCUUGUGCUUUCCAUAUAA